GGCGGGGUCACUGUGUGACUGCAGAGGCUGUGGCAGUUUGUAGCGAAUGCAGGAAAAUCGACGUAGUGCGCCUCUGGAGCUAGAAACGAUCGGACGGUUGAGAGGAAGACUUUGCAAUGAACAGGAUACGAAUCCACGUUUUGCCCUCGAGUCGGAACCGGGUGACCCAGGCGCCCCGACCCCAGGAGCCUCAGGCCUGCUCCUUUACCCAGCGACCAUGCUCUCAGCCCCGUCUUGAAGGCCUGGAGUUCUGCAUCAAGCACAUUCUGGAGGACAAAAACGCCCCGUACAAGCAGUGCAGCUAUGUCUCCGCCAAGAACGGCAAGCGCUGCCCCAACGCUGCACCAAAAGUGGAAAGGAAAGAUGGAGUGACGUUCUGUGCGGAGCAUGCUCGCAGGAAUGCCAUGGCUCUCCGGGCUCAGAUGAGAAAGGCGUCUGCCGGUCCAUCCCCAGAGGCACUGUUGUCUCAGCUUAGUGGAUACAACCGAGCAGAGUCACACAGCCUGGACGGAGGCCGCUCUGAAGCAAGUCGUAUUCUAGACGAGGACAGUCUGAGUGAGGAGGAGCAGGGACCAUUAGUACUCGACCAGACGUGGAGAGGAGACCCUGACAGUGAAGCAGACAGCAUCGACAGUGAUCAUGAGGAUCCUCUGAAACAUGCAGGAGUGUACACAGCAGAAGAGGUGGCUCUCAUCACUCGAGAAAAACUCAUCAGGCUCCAGUCGCUCUAUAUUGACCAGUUCAAACGCCUGCAGCACCUGUUGAAAGAGAAAAAGCGCAGAUACCUGCACAGCCGCAAAGUGGAGCAUGAAACCCUGGGGAGCAGUCUGCUGACAGGUCCUGAAGGACUGUCCAUGACAGAAAGGGAGAACCUGAAGAAGCUCAAAGCUCUGCGUCGAUACCGUCGUCGGUACGGCGUGGAAGCCCUGCUGCACCGGCAGCUGAGGGAGAGGAGGCAAGCUGUGACUGAAGGAGCUCCUCAGCCACACUCAAGAACAGUCUACGAGAAGUGCAUCUCCUUUGUGGAGGGAACCCGAUGUUCCAACCCCUGCCUGCCCCUGACCCGACACUGUGUCUCACACAUCUACCAGGACAGCAAUCAGGUGCUUUUCAAAAUGUGCCCGGGUCUGAAAGACAUCCCCUGCGACCGCAUCGUGCAUAUGGGCCAGUCUGACGACCCCCGCUGCCCGCUUCACCUCACCCUGCCUCCCCCCAUGUACCAGCCCGAGCAGGAGCCCCCACCGCAGGACCAACUCGCCCUCGCAAGCAAAGACAUGUAUCUGAGCGCAGCAGAGCUCCAGCCCACAGAGAGCCUUCCCUUAGAGUUCAGUGAUGACCUGGAUGUGGAGGGGGAUGGUAUGCAGGGUCCUCCGUCCCCUCUUCAGUUUGACACGGCCCUGGCCCUGGAGGACCAGACCAUCAGAGCCAUCGCCGAGGCCCCGAUGGACAUCCUGACCGGAGAGGACCCGGACCAGGUCGACCUGGACGCCUCAGGACAGGAGCUUUCAGAAAGAGACGUGGAUGCCAUCAUGGAUGACCAGGUGGUGUCGGAGGUUGUAGGAGGUGAAGACGACGCCACUGACAACUCGCUCCAAGACGUCGACGCUGCUGCGGUCGAUGCUCCCAGAUGAACAAGCUGGACCUCUGCUGCAUUAACAGACGAACAAGUUUCACUUCAUAAUAACAGCCCAUCUGGUUGGAUUAAUCUGGCACCAACACAGUACUUACUGGUUCUUUCUGGUACAGAAGGAAGCCAGAAUUGGAUUUUUCAGAGGAAUUCAGGUCACAUUACUGAGGAAAAAUGGUGUUAACAACCUCACAGACAUUAUAUUAAAGCCCACGGAUCUUAUUGUUACUGUGUAAUGUAACAAACAGAUUGUUAUCAUUAUGGCGUGAAAAAAAUACAACAUAAAAGCCACUCUCCCUAAACUCUAGGGAUUCAUUUAUGUCCUCUUACCUCUAAGUUUUGAGAGGCGAGUCUAAACAUUUUAAAAUGAGUAGAAAACAAACACACCUCUCUCACAUGUACAGCUGUGGAAGGUUUCUGUCAUCAAAACUAAAAUAAAGUCAUGUAAUUAGAUAACAUAAAGAUGUAAGAUAUUUAUUGUUUAAUAAGGAAACUGGUGAUUAUUUUAAACUGUGAAUACACAGUAAAAAUAAGGUUUGUGGGCCGGACACAGUGUGUGACUGCUUCCCUUUUUAUAUUUAUUUCUCUCUCGUGUUUACUUCCACUCUGCCUGUAUUUAAAGGACAGGUUCACACUUUCACAUACCCAUAUGUACAUUGAAAGCAUCAUUGGUUUUUGUAGUUACUUUUUUUUUUUUUUUACCAGACUGACCACAAAGAUCCAGUUUCAACGUAACAUCCUUUUCCUGAGUUACUGUCGGUUUAACACCAAAUUUCCUCAUUGUGACUCCACAUAUUGUUUCUGUGUUGAGCUAUAGUGGAGGGAUAGUAACAAAAAGAGGGAAUUUUGUUUAAAAAAAACUUAAUUUUGGAAAAAGAACCCACUCGUUACCGCUGAAGCCUCAUCUUUGCUUUAAUGCAAGUUUAAAAUGUCAUUUUCACACAGAAAAAGGAGGAAUAUGAGUAAAUCCUUCUAUAAUUUACACAGAAUUUACUUGAAGAAGCGAUAUCUUUACAUUUUGUGAAGCUGUCCUUUAAGUACAACUAGAUUACACUGUAAAUUACAGACUGUGUUAUGAAGUGUUCCCCAUGGUUCAUUCCCACAAAGACUGAUACUGAGUUGACCUGUUCACGGAGGUCACCUUGGGAAGAAUAACACCUUCAUUGAUUGUGCUACUCUGUCAUGUGGGUGUCUUUAUUUUGUUGUCAUGUUUUUGUCUGGGUUAAAUUGCCUUAAAAUUGUUCCCAGUCAGUUGCUCAAUGUUUUGCAUCUGUUAAACAAAAAAGGACACUCAUCUCUCAUUCACAAAUAAACUAUUUUCUGAUACAUUA